GGCCUUGAUGUAACCCACUCCUCCCGGCCAACUUGGUCCUUGAUGCCGAUGAUAAGGAUGCGGAACAGUGGGGUGUUCCCCGCCGGUGACAUGCCGGGUGAUAAGAUAUGGCGGUCGAUCACUUUGGACUCACUCGUCUGCCAGUGUACCAAUCCAAUGACAGUGGUGAACUAAGGGUUGUGAAUGGUCAAUUGAGUAGCUUGCCUUGCCUAGUAGUCGUUCAUGUUGUUACCUGAUAGGAUUGACGCCGUUAGGUGAGGUUGUGGUGGGGAGCACUAUCUCUCCGUAACCCGGGGUUAUUUCUAAAAUGUUGGCCUCUACCCCGAUGCCGGCACCGUGUCGGAAGAGGUCCGAUACUUCAUCAGUUGAGUGCCAUGCACCUCAUCUGCCAUCGUCAUUGCAAACACCUGCACUUGAGAUUAGGCGUCGAUGUCGGCGGAACAAACACAGAUGGCGUCAUCCUCGACCCAACUUCCUCCUCCUCCUCUCCCCUCGGCAUCCUCGCCACCCAAAAGACCCCAACAACACCCAACCCAAGCACCGGCAUCAUAACCGCAAUCUCCCACAUGUUCUCAACCUCCAACAUUCCCCCCUCCCGCAUCGCAAGCGUCACAAUAGGCACAACACACUUUAUCAACGCCGUAAUAGAACAAGACGCAACCCGCCUCGCCCCCGUCGCCGUCAUCCGCCUUUGCGGUCCCUUCUCUGCCACCAUCCCCGCCGGCGUCGACUGGCCCCCGGCCCUGCGCAACAUCAUCUGCGCCCACCGCUCUCUCGUCGACGGCGGGUUGGAGAUUGACGGGGACUUGAUUGCGGAGCUCGAUGAAGAUACCGUCCGGCGCGAGGUGGAGGUUGUACGGGCAAAGGGGAUCAGGAGUAUUGUCGUUGUGGGGAUUUUCAGUCCCAUUGACGUCGUGUAUAGGCAGGAAGAGAGGGCGGCGGAGAUCAUUCGCGAGAUCUACCCGGGAGCUGACGUGGUGAUGUCAAAGGAUGUGGCGAACAUCGGGUUCCUUGAGCGUGAAAACGCGGCUAUUCUCAAUGCUUCUAUCCUACCCUUCGCUAGGCGUACGAUCCGGUCCUUCCAGGAUGCCGUUACGCAGCUAGGCCUCACCUGUCCCGUCUUCGUGACGCAGAAUGACGGGACGAUUCUGCCAGCUGCCGCGGCGGCGCGGUUGCCCAUCAGGACAUUCUCCAGCGGACCAACGAAUAGCAUGCGCGGUGCGGCGUUCCUCACGAGGAACCUAGAGAGAGAGAAGGAGGAGACGGGCCCGAUAAUGGUCGUCGAUAUCGGCGGGACGACGACGGACGUGGGAUUAUUAAUGGCCAACGGGUUCCCCAGACAGGCGGCGGCGUACAGCGAGAUCGCGGGGGUACGGACAAACUUCUCGUACCCAGACGUCAAGAGCAUCGGGCUCGGGGGUGGAUCUAUCGUCAAGAAAGAGAAACGCACCGGCGAGAUGGUGAUUGGGCCGCAGAGCGUGGGAUACCAGAUCCAAACAAAGGCUCUUCUUUUCGGCGGCGAUGUUGCGACGGCUACGGAUUAUACUGUACUCGCGGACCCAGACACCGUCAACAUUGGAGACCGGUCUCUCGUUGAAGGUGCAAGCGGCCUCGCGGAUGACGUACCAGCGUUCAAGGCCAAGGUGAAGGCGAUGUUGGAGCGGAUCGUGGACACGAUGAAGACUUCGCCCGAAGAUAUACCCGUCGUUCUCGUCGGCGGGGGCGCGGUCAUUGCGCCUGAUGAGUUGAAAGGGGCGAGUAGGGUUGGAAAGCCGGCAUGGUCUGGGGUUGCGAAUGCGAUUGGGGCUGCGACGGCGAGGGUUAGUGGUGUUGUGGAUGCGAUUGAAAGUACUGAGACCAAGAGCGUGUCCGAGGCCGUGGAGGCGUUGUCGCGGAGGGCUGUUGAUCGGGCUGUUGAGAAUGGUGCUUUGCGGGAGAGUGUGACUAUUGCUGAGGUGGAGAGUUUCCCUUUGCAGUACAUUGCAAACAAGUCACGAAUCAUCAUCAAAGCCGUUGGAAACUUCGAUUUCUCCAGAUCAGCAUCCCUGGACACAACCACGAUCCCAGACGACAUCGAGCACUGCGACGAAGAACUACCCAGACCACCCGCACCACCUCAAAACGAGGAAGUCUCAUCACCGCAAUCCUUAGUUUAUAUAAAAAACUACAUUGACGGCUACAAGCCAAAGGUUCUCAACCGGCAAUGGCAUCUCUCCGAAACAGACCUCGAUUGGAUCACCACAGGCUGCUACAUCCUCGGCACAGGGGGCGGCGGCUCUCCCUACCAGCACAUGCUCCGCCUCCGCGAAAUGAUGCGCGCAGGCGCCACGGUCAAGAUAAUCUCCCCUUGCGACCUCAAGGACGAUGAUAUUGUAGCCUGCGGCGGCGGGAAGGGAUCGCCGCAAGUAUCCAUCGAAAAGCCGUACGGUGAUGAAAUCAUGGAGUCGCAGAGAGAACUCUACGCAUAUCUCAAGACGAAGCCCACUGCCGUGAUAUCCCUCGAGAUAGGAGGCGGCAACGGCCUGCAGGGCCUCAUCCUCGGCGCCAGCACGAAUCUCGAUAUCCCAACAAUCGACGGCGACUGGAUGGGUCGCGCGUAUCCCAUAUCUCACCAAACCACGCCGGUAGUCUUUGAGAAGAAGGCGACGAUGAUUCCGUCGUGUAUAUCAGACGGGAACGGCCGAAUCAUGCUCAUGACAAAAGCCCGCACAGAACUCGACGCAGAACGCGCCUUCCGCGCCGCCCUCUCACAGAUGGGCUCCCACGUAGGAUGCGCAAAGGGACCCGUCAGCGGCCGCGAUGCCAAAUCCUGGGUUGUUGAGAAUACCGUCUCGCUCUCCUGGAGGAUUGGCCGGGCCGUUGCAAUGGCGCGGUGUACCAACGCUGUUGACACAGUCGCCGAGGCCGUCGUUGAUGUCGUUGGCGGGAGGCAGUCGGCGCGGGUGUUGUUCAGGGGCAAGAUUGUAGGCAUCGAGAGAGUUACUAGGAUGGGGCAUGCGUUUGGUGAGGUUAUUAUUGAGGGGUAUACUGACGGCGGUAAUGAUGGCGGCGGGGCGGUUGAGAAGUUUGUUAUACCGUUCAAGAAUGAGAAUAUUCUUGCGAAAAAGGUUGGUGGUGAUGGGAAGGAAGAUCUGACGUUCAUGAUACUCAAACAGAUCCUCGCAAUCGUCCCAGACCUAGUCUGUGUCCUCGACGCGCAAAACGGCGAGGCCCUCGGCACGCAAGAAUACCGCUACGGCCUCUUCGUGGUAGUGCUCGGCAUCACGGCGUCGGACAAGUGGACGUCGACGGCGCGGGGCAUCGAGAUUGGCGGGCCCAAGGGGUUCGAAAUGGACGGGUUGGAAUAUGUGCCUCUUGGGACGUUUACGAAGCCGCGGAGCGUCAUUGACGAGUUUGGGGGCUAG